CCGUAAUGGUCGGUUCCACUUUUUGUUGUUGCGGUUCAGGUGUUGCAAUAGGUGCACUGCAGCGGUCGGGUAAUUACGAGACAGGGAGCGGCCAGCCGCGAUCAGCGCCAUGAACGGCAACGUCGCCCACUGCGUGUCGACGGUCUCGCUGCCGGCGGGUCUGGACGUCAGCCUGGUGGGCGGCGGUGACCUGCGACAGGGCGGCGGCGACCUGCGACAGGGCGGCGGUGACCUGCGACAGGGCGGCGGCGACCUGCGACAGGGCGGCGGCGACCUGCGGCAGGGUGCCGCUCGGCAGCGCAAGUACAACUACUCGUUCAAGGAGAAGGACCUGCUGGUGACGCUGAUCGAGCGGCACGGCGACGUGGUCGAGUCGCGCACCGGCGACGGCGUCACCAGCGAGCAAAAGGUGGCUGCCUGGACCGACAUCCAGGCGCGCUUCAACGAGCUCAACGACUCGGCGCUGGAACGCAGCAUCACCGAGCUCAAGAAGUGCUACUGGAACCUGAAGCAGAAGACGAAGAAGGCGCUGGACGCGGGCCGCGAGGCAGGCGGCACGGCCCGUGUGGACCGCGUACUGUGGCGGAUCGCGCAGCUGGCGCCCGAGCAGUUCGAGGGUCUACUGGACAUCCACUGCGAGGUGGUGGACGCGCCGCCCGAGCACGAGGCCAAGCCACAGAUCGGUUCAGAGGCGGCGCGACCGUCGCUGCCCACAGGCUCAGCACUGCCGGAGCCUCCGGACGCGUCCGACCUGGAGACGUCGGCCAUGUCUCGUGAGGAGUCGCCGGGCCGCUGGCAGGGCAGCCAGCCGUCGCCGCCGGCAGAGCUGGACAUGUACCCGAUCCCGAGCGACUACCUGUCGGUGGAGCUGGGAGCGCCGCCCGAGCCGGGCCGUCUGCAGUACUGCCGCGGCCAGUACAGAACGGCCGGGCUCUGUGUACCUGACAUAUGA